AUGACACCGCACCCACCACCACCUCGAGAAACCACUGGCCCUAUUUCCCCCUCUGGCCGCACCCACACCCCCUCCAGCAAACCCCACACUGGGCCCUAUUUCCCCUCUGCCGCACCCACCACCCCCUUCCAGAAACACACUGGCCCUAUUUCCCCUCUGGCCGCACCCACCACCCCUCAGAAACACACUGGCCCUAUCUUCCCCCUCUGCCACACCCACCCCCCCUCAGAAACACACUGGGCCCUAUUUCCCCCUCUGCCACACCCACCACCCCCUCAGGAAACACACUGGCCCUAUUUCCCCCUCAUGCCACACCCACCACCCCCCUUCAGAAACACACUGGGCCCUAUUUCCCCCUCUGCCGCACCCACCACCCCCUCAGAAACAACACUGGCCCUAUUUCCCCCUCUGCCCACCCACAAACCCCCUCAGAAACACACUGGGGCCCUAUUUUCCCCUCUGCCCACCCACCCAACCCCCUCAGAAAACACACUGGGCCCUAUUCCCCUCUGCCACACCCACCACCCCCUCAGAACACACUGGGGCCCUAUUUCCCCCUCUGCCACACCCACCACCCCUCAGAAACCACAACGGGCCCUUAUUUCCCCCUCUGGCCACACCCACCCACCCCUCAGAAAACACACUGGCGCCCUAUUUCCCCCCUCUGCCGCACCCACAACCCCCUCAGAAAGCCACACUUGGGCCCUAUUUCCCCCUCUGCCACACCCCACCACCCCUCAGAAACACACUGGCCCUAAAAUUUCCCCCUAUGCCACAACCCACCACCCCCUCAGAAACACACUGGGCCCCUAUGUUCCCCCUCGCCACACCACCACCCCUCAGGAAACACACUAG